AUGGCAGAGAAUCGGGUGAAAUAUUUUAAGUUUGAAUUUGAGAGCAUAUUCUCAACGAAAAAUAUUCCUGUUAAGCCAUUGAAGGACCUUCUCGAGGACACUCUGACUGCCAACAUCAUUAGCCCAGUAUUGCGUUCCUUCUUUCACAAUGCAUCAAAACAUCCAGCAAUUUGGUCAAAUACUGCCAGUAUAGUCCUAGCAAAGCAACCAGACAUGAUCGCAUACCCUGGUGGUUUCUGCUGCAAGACUUUCUCAGAUGAAGAUAAUGCGUCUCCUACUCCUGUCGCCGAAGC